AUGGCGACAAAAGCGGCUUUCAAGCGCCUUACUCGCGAAUACCAGAACAUUCAAAAGAAUCCCCCGCCUUACAUUGUGGCACAUCCGUCAGAGUCCAAUAUACUUGAAUGGCACUACAUUCUCACGGGACCCCCGGGCACACCGUAUGAAAAUGGCCAGUAUUGGGGUACCCUAAUGUUCCCUCCCGAGUACCCAUUCGCUCCUCCGGCUAUUCGUAUGCACACUCCUAGCGGUCGCUUUCAACCAUCAACUCGGCUAUGCCUCAGCAUCAGUGACUUUCAUCCAAAGUCAUUUAAUCCCGCUUGGGAGGUUUCAACCAUUCUCAUUGGCUUGCUCUCCUUUAUGACGAGCGAAGAGAUGACCACCGGAAGCGUGAGCGCAUCGGAGGCAGAGCGACGAGUGCUGGCGGCGCGUUCUAGGUGGUGGAAUUCUACUGGUGGCGGUUCCCAUGUCAGCGCGACCCCGGGCGUGACCCCUACUGCCAAGGGUAUCAACAAUGUGAAAGCUGGAGACGGCGGUCUAAAGUUUCGCUCGGAGUGGCCAGAGCUUGACCAAGAAAAUUGGAGGUGGAUGAAGGAUAGUCGCAUCGACACCAACACUGGCCAGCUCAUGCCUGAUCCUAGUGCGACUAGAUGCUCUCCAGAGACAAGUGCGCUUCGCCGACGACCGAAUGGUAGCGCUCCGGGACUCGGUGCGGUGAUGGAAGGUGGCCAUGUCGCCCGAGAAGCAGGCCAAAGCUGGGUCCGCCGCAACAAGAUCUGGCUUGGGUUUGCAAUUCUAUUCGGAUAUGCACUUCUGACCAGGCUGGUGAAGGAUGUCCAAGGCUAA